AUGAGGUUCAUAUGGAUUCUUGUCGCUCUGUGCCUGGUGCAUUGCUGUGGGGGCCAGGAGCAUGGGUUUAUGCUUCUAGCAGGCCCAUUAACCAACCGAUUUAUUAAAGACCUGAGUUUGAAUCACUUUGACAGCCAAACUACACCUUUAGAACCUUCAGCAGAAGAAGAUGUGUUUAACUGCAGAAGUCCACUGCCACAACAAUCCAGAGAAUACUUCCUGUACCUUCAGAAGAGAGGGGUGAACCACUUUAAAGUUCCCCUGUCCUGGUUUCACAUCCUUCCCAAUGGUGACCCCAACCAGCUGCAUGAAGACACUGUGACAUGCUACAAGACACUCGUGAACCAGAUGAUUGAAGCAGGCAUCAAACCUCUGCUGGUGCUCCACCGCUCUGCAGUACCAGAACCCUUCAGAACCAGAUAUGGAGGCUGGGAGAAUCCGUUACUGGUGAAGAUGUUUCAGCAAUAUGCAGGAUUUGUGUUCACUACAUUUGGGGACCUGGCAGAUACAUUUGUCACGUUCAGUCACCUACAUGAACUUCAUGAUGAAGUGCAACUUCAAAAUGCUCUCCAGUCCCAUGCAAAUGUCUACAAAAUCUACCAUGACAUGUUUCCUGGCAAAGUGUGGGAGAUAUUUGGUUCUCAAUCAGUUGCUGAUCGUGAUCAGUUCCAGAAUGGCUCCUUCCCAAACAAUUUUCAGUGGUCUGUCUCCAGUGAGAGCUUUAAAGUGGAGGGUGGUUGGUCUGAACAUGGGAAGGGUGAAACCAUAUGGGACCGUUUUAGCCAUGAGGGUAAUGUCUUUGACAACCAGACCACUGAUUUGGCCUGUGACAGUUAUCACAAGAUGGACUAUGAUGUGUAUAUGCUCAGGGGCAUGUUGUCCCCUAAUUAUCAAUUCUCAAUUUCCUGGGCUCGUAUUUUCCCCACUGGACACAAAGAAAGUUUGGUUGAAGGGGCUGCUUAUUAUGACAAGUUGAUCAACACACUCCUACAAUCAGGCGUUGAACCCAGUGUUACCCUUUAUCACUGGGACCUCCCCCAAGCACUGCAGGACCAAGGUGGCUGGACUAAUGACUUUAUUGUGGAAGCAUUCAAAGAAUUUGCAGAUUUCUGCUUCUCUCGAUAUGGAGACAGAGUCAAAACAUGGAACACAUUUGGCAGCCCUUGGGUAGUGAGCAACUUGGGGUACGGAACAGGCCAACAUCCCCCAAGCAUCAAGGACCCAAUAGUGGCUUCUUACCAGGUGACACAUAAUAUUCUGAAAUCUCAUGCUGAAGCCUGGCAUAUUUAUAAUGAUAAAUACAGAAAUGUGCAGGGUGGAAAAGUAGGCAUUGCACUCAACUCUGAUUGGGCAGAGCCAAAGAAUCCUGCAAGUGUCCAGGAUAUAGAAGCAGCUGAGCACUAUUUAAACUUCAUGCUAGGCUGGUUUGCUCACCCCAUAUUUGUAAAUGGAGACUAUCCAACAGUUCUUAAGGAUCAAAUUGAGAAAAAGAAAGCCCUCUGUGGUAAAGAGCUGGCAAGACUCCCUGUCUUUACUGAGGCAGAGAAACAGAGAAUCCAAGGCACAGCUGAUUUCUUUGGACUUAACCACUACACUUCCAGAUUGAUUAGUGAGAGUCUGAAUAGUUGUGAUCCUGGACCAAAUAAUGUUGGGGACUUUAAGGCUCAUAUUGACCCCACCUGGCCCACCACAGCUUCCGACCAGAUCCAUUCUGUUCCUUGGGGACUUCGUCGUUUAUUGAACUACAUCUCUAUAGAGUACACGUCCAUUUUAAAGGUGCCCAUUUACAUCACAGGAAAUGGAAUGCCCACUGAGUACAGUGGUGAUGUGCUCAAUGACACUGAACGUGUUGACUUCCUCAAAGCCUACAUUAAUGAGGCAAUGAAAGCUGUGCUUUUGGAUAAUGUUGUGGUCCAAAGAUUUACUGUACAGUCUCUAAUGGAUGGAUUUGAGGGUCCACAAGGUUACAGUCAUCGAUUUGGAUUGCACUAUGUGAACUUUGAAGAAUCCAACAGGCCAAGAACGCCCAAAAUAUCAGCAUAUUACUAUUCAAAAGUGAUUGAGAGAAAUGGCUUUCCUGAGAGUGCAGCAAACCCUAAUAUGCAAAUUUAUGGAAAUAGAAUUGAUAGCACUAGGCUUCCUAGCCAACCACCAUCUGAUGUUCCUUCAAAAUCCAAGGUUGUAUGGGAAAAGUUCUCCUCUCAGACAAAUUUUCAGAAACAACUUUAUCAUUAUGGAACAUUUCCAGAGGGUUUCCAUUGGGGUGUCUCUUCCUCAGCAUAUCAGGUUGAAGGUGGGUGGAAUGCAGAUGGAAAGGGACCAAGUGUUUGGGACACUUUCACUCAAAAACCCGGUAAUAUCCCAAACAAUGGCAAUGGUGAUGUGGCAUGUGACAGCUACUAUAAAAUAGAUGAAGAUCUAUACAUGUUGAGAGCUCUAAACGUGAAGACAUAUAAAUUCUCUUUGUCAUGGUCUCGAAUAUUUCCCAAUGGUUAUAUAUCUUCAAUUAACCAGAAGGGGGUUGAGUACUACAACAGGCUCAUAGAUGGUCUCAUAGAAAAUAAUAUCACACCCAUGGUGACUCUCUACCAUUGGGACCUUCCACAAGCUUUGCAGAACAUCAACGGCUGGGAAAACCCUGAGAUGAUUGACAUUUUCAAUGAAUAUUGUGACUUCUGCUAUGCAACAUUUGGAGACAGGGUGAAGUUUUGGAUAACGAUUAAUGAACCUCAUACAAUUGCAUGGUCGGGAUAUGGGCUGGGCCGAAUUCCACCUAAUGUAAUGCAACCUGGAUAUGCUCCAUACAGGGUUGCACACAACCUGCUGAAAGCUCAUGCAAAAGCAUAUCACACAUAUGAUGAGAAAUACAGGUUGACCCAGGGUGGAAUAAUAUCCAUUAGUCUGAAUGCUGAAUGGGCAGAACCCCUAGAUGUGAACAUCCCUCGAGAGGUGGUGGCUGCUGAUCGAGCCCUCCAGUUCCAGCUUGGCUGGUUUGCACAUCCCAUCUUUAAAAAUGGCGACUACCCCGAUGCCAUGAAAUGGCAGGUUGGCAACAAGAGUGAACUUCAAGGCUUGACAGAAUCCCGAUUGCCUUCUUUAACUGAUGAAGACAAAGCCUAUAUCCAGGGCACAGCUGAUGUAUUCUGCAUUAACACAUACACUACCAAAGUUGUACAUCAUGUGACGAGGAGCCUUUCUCCUGAGUCUUAUGAGACUGAUCAGGACAUUGGGAAGGAAGAGGCUAGUGGAUCUCAAAACACAGCCAUUGAGGACCAGAAAGCUUUUCCUUGGGGUCUGAGAAGGAUUCUCAAUUGGAUAAAAGAGGAAUAUGGAGACCCAGAUGUUUUUUUAACAGAAAAUGGAGCAGCCACAUAUGAUCAGCCAGUGAUUGACGACACAGACAGGAUUUUCUUCCACAAGACCUAUAUUGUAGAGGCCUUGAAAGCACAAAACCUGGAUGGAGUGAAGUUAAAGGGAUACAUUGCUUCUUCACUGAUGGAUUCAUUUGAGUGGUUGAAUGGUUACGAACUUAGCUUUGGCCUUCAUCACGUGGACUUUAGCCAGUCCAGCCGCCCAAGAACACCAAAACGCUCUGCUCACUACUACUACAACGUUAUUAGAGACAAUGGAUUUCCCCUGACAGAUCUGGAGAAAACUAUGUAUGGUAACUUCCGUGAAGACUUUGUUUGGAGUGUCUCAACAGCUUCUUUUCAGAUUGAAGGAGGCUGGAGAGCAGAUGGGAAAGGUUUGAGUAUCUGGGACAAGUUUGCACAUACACCGGAUAAAGUGAAAAAUGACGACAACGGUGACAUUGCUUGCGACAGCUACAAUAGGAUUGAUGAUGAUGUGGACAUGCUCAAGCAAUUAAAGGUCACUCACUAUCGCCUCUCCAUAUCAUGGCCAAGAGUUUUACCUGAUGGAACCACAAAGACCAUAAAUGAACCAGGACUGAAUUACUAUCACAGGCUGAUAGAUGCGCUUUUGGCAGCAAACAUUCAACCACAGGUGACCCUGUAUCACUGGGAUCUUCCUCAGGCACUUCAAGACGACUUUGGUGGCUGGGAAAAUGAUACUAUCAUCCAGAUGUUUAAAGAAUAUGCUGAUGUUAUGUUCAGUAACCUUGGACACAAAGUAAAGUUUUGGAUUACUUUUAAUGAGCCUUCUAUCGUGGCCAACUUGGGAUAUGGCUAUGGUAAUUUUGCACCAGGUAUCAGUGGAAAACCAGGUACAUUACCAUACAUUGUAGCUCAUAACAUAAUAAAGGCCCACGCUGAAGCCUGGCACCUAUACAAUGACAAGUACCGUGCAACACAAGGUGGAACCAUUGGUAUCACAUUAAAUUCUGACUGGUCAGAUCCCAGAAACCCUUAUAAACAAGAAGACAUGGAUGCAUCAAGACGCUACCUAGCGUUCUUCUUGGGGUGGUUUGCUAACCCCAUAUUUAAGGGAGAUUACAAUGAUAUAAUGAAAACUGAAAUUCGAGAAAGGAGUUUGGCCCAAGGAUUUUCUAAAUCUCGACUUCCUGAAUUCACCCCAGAUGAGGUGAAAAGAAUCAAUGGCACCUAUGACUUUUUUGGACUGAAUCAGUAUACAGCAGUCCUGGCUUUUAAGAUAGACUACAAUACCGAUGAUGUGAGUUAUGAUGCAGACAGGGGCGUUGGGCUUGUAUCUGACAGGUUAUGGAUGGAGUCUGGCUCAAGUUGGCUCAGAAUAACUCCAUCAGGAUUCAGAAAUAUCCUUAACUUUAUCAAGGAGGAAUAUGGGAAUCCUCCGAUAUAUGUUACGGAAAAUGGUGUCUCAGAGAGAGGCCCGAUUGACUUGAAUGACGAACAUAGAGUCUUUUAUUUUGAAAACUACAUCAACCAGGCCUUGAAAGCAUAUUUGGUGGAUGGUGUUGACCUCCGUGGAUACACAGCAUGGAGUCUUAUGGACAACUUUGAAUGGGCCUCUGGUUAUGAUGAGAGAUUUGGACUUUUCUUUGUGAAUCGAUCAGAUCCUUCUCUUCCACGAACACCCAAGGCAUCUGUCAAGAGCUACGCCACAAUUGUCAGCUGUAAUGGCUUUCCAAACCCUGAAGAUGGCCCUCACAGUUGUCUGAAUUCUUAG